AUGAUCAUUGCUUCUAGUACUCUUGAGGUCGUUUAUGAUUACUCAAGAUGUGAAUCAUUACUAAUAUUUUGUAAGCUCUCUUCCUUAAAAGUUGAGUUUUACGGCUACAGGUGGGAAAUGUUGCCAGUUUUUCUUGAGAGCUGUCCCAAUCUAAAAUCUCUUGUUGUGGGAUCUGCUACACAUCGGGAGAAGGAGGGGAUUAAUAUUCUGUCAGAGCCUCGGAGUUUCCUAACGUCUCUGGAGUAUGUUAAGAUAGAAAGGCCAUUGAAAGGGGAGGCGAAGGAGAUGAAAUUAGUGGCGUACUUGCUUGAAAACUCAACAGUUCUCAAGAAACUAACUGUACGCUUGGAUGAUUCCAGAAAGAAUGAAGAAUCUUUCGUCCUCAAAGAACUCUUUACCAUUCCAAAACUCUCUUCAUCGUGCCAAGUUGUCGUUCUCUGA